AUGGAGUCGAAUAUCACCGACAUCGCCGAUGACGACUGCUGGUAUACACCGCAAAUCUAUUUAGCAUUCAAAAUGAUAUUUGUCGGUGUAACUGGCCUCAUUGUCGCGCUUAUUAGUAUAAUUCACAACUCGCUUCUUUUCUACACGUUCAGCACAAGCAAAGUUCUUCGCAAACGGAAUUUGACGUAUCUUAUGUGGAUAUCCGGUUGCGACGUCUUCAUUUCAUUGUGCUACAUCGCUAUAAUGUGUGUGCAAGUCUACACGGACUACUUCGAAUCGUUUCAACUUCUGGUCGUCUGGCACGACUACCUCAGAGUAGCGUUUACUGUAUCUCACAUAACACUUUCUGCUGCCUCAUUUCUUCUCAUGGCAGUCACUAUUGAGAGAUAUCUACAAAGUACUGCAGAUAAUCGCACUUUGAAACUGUUCCAACUUCUUGCAACUCAUCGAAAUUAUGUGGUCCUUUUCUGUUUUCUAGCUAGCAUUAUUUUCCGAGGAUCGGUGUUCUUCGAAAUUGAGGUUGUCCACCGUCCUGAAUGUCAUGCAUUCUCAUCGUUGGGACUCAUUGUGGUCCCUAUUUUCGGUGAUCCAAUGGAUGUGAUUUGGAGAUUUUUUGUUCGAAAAAUUGUCACUGUCUUUUUGCCAUUUUUGGUUCUUGCGUACUUCAAUGCCUGUAUUGUGAUGAAUGUAAGGAAAACGGACCGAGACCAAACGGUGAAAGCCCUGGUGCUUUUCAUCACCGUGGGAACCAGAGGCGAGGUGACGAGACUUCGGUCGAGAUUGCGAGUUGUGACCAGAAUGCUUGUGAUGGUUGUGACUGGAUACCUUCUUGCUAACAUUCUCGACAUCAUCAUCGCAUUCUGGGAGACGGUGAACAUGGCUAGUUUGAUGUCGAUGCAGGAGCUUUAUACGGUUCUUUCUGAUAUUUCGUCAUUUCUUCCAAUUUUGGCGUGUGCUCUUCGUCUUCCAAUUUACAUUGUGAAUGAUUCUCAGAUUCGUAUUGAGGUCAGACGAAAGUUCGUCGAUCUUCUCACUCGAUUCUGUGCAUGUUGCCCGUGCAUUUGGUGCGAUAUUCAUCAAAAGAAGAAGCUGUACGAUUCGCAACUCGAGAACGAAAGGCUUUGGCCAAAAUCAACGAAUCCGCCAAAACUCGAAGUGCGAAAUUAUGGAAUCCCUUCAUUAAUAAUGGCACGAGCUUCAUUGUCAAAUAAGGAGAUCCACGAUAUUCAGAAUUUUCGACAAACAUACGAAUUGUGA